CUGGGGCUGUUUCAAUCCCUUUGGUGGUUCAUGGUUUCCUUCAAUCUAUUUAACCCCCUUUCUACUCUUCCGCUUCUCAAUCAUCUUCAUCAAACACUUAUAGGACGAAAAGAGAACGAACAUCUGAAAGAAUCACAAAACCAAAGAGACAAUGAGUUCAACGAGCAGAGCAUGGAUGGUGGCCGGAACUGUCGGAUUGGUGGAAGCCCUCAAAGAUCAAGGCUUUGCACGAUGGAACUACGCCAUCAGGACCCUCCACCACCACUCCAAGUCUAAUCUCCCAUCAAUCUUCCACACCAAGGACCUGUGUUCGCCGUCGGCCAUGGCUUCAAGCAGAGGCAUGGGACAGAAAACAAGUCAAUCGGAGGAGUCAUUGAGAAAAGUCAUGUACUUGAGCUGUUGGGGUCCCAAUUAAUGGACUCUUUUUGUAGCUGAGUUUGGUUUAGGGUAGAAAGUAUAUAUGAUGAGAUGUACAACCCUUACGUAUGUAAAAAAGAAAAUAAAGAAAUUGAAUUUC